UUGCUAAUAUUCCGGAUUUGAACGGGUUAUUGGCUGCAUGUAAACGCAGUCAAUGUGGCGUGGCAUGGAGUCGAUCAGUCUGUGGCACUGCUCAGGUGUUAUGAGAGCCCAGGUUGCUCUGAUAGUGGCCUUAAGCUCUUCUGCAUUGUUGUUGGGUCUGGCAUAUCACAUCUUCCUCUUUACAGUACCCCAUAGUGUCACGACCUGGUCUCUCCAUUUCUUGUCUUAUCUAAGUUUGAGGGAUUAGGUUGUGACAGUACGUGUCUGCCCUGAGAGAGUUGUGUGACAUGCCCUUCCGCGGUCCACGUUUCUCUCAGGGUUCGUGAAUUGUUUCCCGCUCCCUUAUGUUUGAUUAGCUUCAGAUGUUGGUUGUUUAGAAUUCCCUAUUUAACAUCCUUCUGUCCUGUCCUCCGUGCGUUGGUAUUAUUCUCUGUUCCUUUCCAAAGUUCCUAGUGUUUAUUCCUGUUCCGAGUCUUAUGUAAGUUUAUGUAGUUUAGUGUUUCCAGUGUUUAUGUUAAUCAGUUUAGUUCUUGUGUCUAUCAUUGUAAUGUUUUACCCCCUCGUGGGGUUUUGGUUUCGUAUAUUAAAGUAUUCUUUAUUUAAGUCUGCGUUUGGGUUUUCCUCGUCUUCCCCGUGUUCCAGUUGUGACAGAAUACCAACGCCAAAACUAACCCAGCGGACUAUGGAUCUGAACCCCAAUAUCGACUACGUGGCUUUCCGUGGGACAAGACUGGUUCGACGCGGGGGAAGCAACGCGUGGAGAGGUGCCACGGCCAGAGGGGCAUUUCAGGGAGGAAGGACCUCUUUUCCAGCCCCUCUGGCAACCAUCCCGGAGCGUCGGCGAGUGGGAGUGUUUUCUUCAGACAGGCCCUUCUCAUCUCUGCCACCGGUGUCCUGUCCACCCGACAGUCUCAGGGGGAAACGUGAGAGACAUGCCUCCUGGGACUCGGCGUCGGGUGGUUCAUCUACGGAGUUGGGUGGCCUGGUCAUGCUGUCUCCCACUCCUCCGGCGCUUUCCGCUCCUCAUCCUAGAUGGAAGACGAGGAGGAAGAACACCUCUCCCGAGCAACCAGUACCAUCUACUUCCCCCAAGUCUCCAGAGUCGCCGGCGCGUCCAGAGUCGCCGGCGCGUCCCGAGUCGCUGGCGCGUCCCGAGUCGCCGGCGCGCCCCGAGUCGAUGGACGUGGAGGAAUCCGCCCUUUUCGGCGGAUCGGGACCGUCUUGUCCGGUUCAGUCUACGUUUCCUGUGCCCCCUGUGCUCCCUGUUCCUCCUGUGACUCCUGAGCCCCCUGUACUUCCUGUGCCCCCGGUGUUCCCUCGUCAGUCCCCUUCCGUUGUUGUGAACUCUUGUUCUUCCCCCCGGACUUCUCCAUCUGUUACAUUCACCACCAAAAAGACUCAUAAAACUGUAAGGACACAAACUGACUCUCAUUACUCAAACUUUACCGUUGCUCCCCCUCCGCUUCCAUGCAUAUUGUUUUUGUUAACCCAUCCCAACCCUGUUAUUAUGUUAUCUGUUUUACCAUUGAUUUUGGUUUCUUUGUUUUCUUGGUUUUUGUCUCAUUUUAGGUCCUGUGUUUAGUGUCUCCUCCUGAGGGCGUCUAGUAUCCGCCCUUAGGGGGAGGGUACUGUCACGACCUGGUCUCUCCAUUUCUUGUCUUAUCCGAGUUUGAGGGAUUAGGUUGUGACAGUACGUGUCUGCCCUGAGAGAGUUGUGUGACAUGCCCUUCCGCGGUCCACGUUUCUCUCAGGGUUCGUGAAUUGUUUCCCGCUCCCUUAUGUUUGAUUAGCUUCAGGUGUUGGUUGUUUAGAAUUCCCUAUUUAACAUCCUUCUGUCCUGUCCUCCGUGCGUUGGUAUUAUUCUCUGUUCCUUUCCAAAGUUCCUAGUGUUUAUUCCUGUUCCGAGUCUUAUGUAAGUUUAUGUAGUUUAGUGUUUCCAGUGUUUAUGUUAAUCAGUUUAGUUCUUGUGUCUAUCAUUGUAAUGUUUUACCCCCUCGUGGGUGUUUUGGUUUCGUAUAUUAAAGUAUUCUUUAUUUAAGUCUGCGUUUGGGUUUUCCUCGUCUUCCCCGUGUUCCAGUUGUGACACAUAGAUUUUAUAUAGGGGUCAAGGUCAGGUGAGGUUGCUGGCCAAUUAAAAACAGGGAUACCAUGGUCCACUGGUAGCUUUGGCACUUAGUGCAGGUGCCAAGUCCUGUUGGAAAAUGAAAAUGACCAUAAAGUUGGUCAGCAGCAGGAAGCAUGAAGUGCUCUAAAACCUCCUGGUGUGAGGAAUUUGCAGGGGAGAACCCAAAUGCAACCGAUGUCAGAGGGGAACAAAAACACUUUAUUUACAAACACAAAACAAAAGCCCACGAGGGAGCAAACACAUGAACAGCACGAAAUGACCAAAGACUAAACACUGAACUUGACUAGGACAUGAAACUAGACUAACUGGAUCUUUUCUUUAACAAGAACAGUUGACACAAGAACGAUACAAAAUGACACAGCAAAUGACAAUGAACACGAAAGGAUAUAUAUAGAAAAGCUAAACAAGAUAAUGAGGCAAGACAGGUGAUGGGUAUAAACUAAUGAUAACUAAUAAGCAGGAGAACGAGGGGGCGGGGUCACAGGACAAGACACCGGAGGCACAUGCCAAACACAAAAACAAGGCAUGAACCUCCACACAAGGCCAGGGACUGCCAGAACUCUGCCACCAUGACAAAAUACAAAUAUAACAAGACUUCAAGGCAGAGUCCUGACACCUGGUAUAUGGCUGUGUUGACCUUGGACCUCAGAAAACACAGUGGACCAACACCAGCAGAUGACAUGGCACCCCAAACCAUCACUGACUGUGGAAACUUAACACUGGACCUCAAGCAACGUGGAUUGUGUGCCUCCUCUCUUCCUCCAGACUCUAGGCCCCUGGAAAGGAAAUGCAAAAUUCAGUCAUCAGAGAACAUAACUUUGGACCAAUCUGCAGCUGUCACGAUCCUCAUUCAUGUUCCAGCCACACAGUUUGGAUUAUCGUCUCCCGUGUUCGUGUAUUUGGAUUAGUGUUUCGUGUUGUCGUCUUCGUGUGAGUGUUCCGGUCCGUUCCUGGUUUCAUCCAUUGGCCAUCUUCACACUCACCACCGACUUCACCAACCAACACUUCUCACGCCACCGUAGACCUUCGAUCACCAUUGCCAACAUCCUGGACUCAGUCACUUUCUAUGUUGUUUCACUGUAUUACCAUCAUUCAUAAUAAAUCUGUGUUGAUCGCC